GCGUGGGCUGCAACGCAAGGGGGCGCUACACGACACUUAAGACAUAACACCUACAACACACGCACACACGGGUGUGAGGACGCAGAGACACAGGAUAUAAACAGCAGCAACACAGUCAACCGGUUUCUUAGUGAGACACCAGGCAGGAGAAUCAUGGACUUCUUCCCAAAUCUGUCUCCUUGGACGUGGCUUCUUCUAGCUGUUUUCUGGGCUCUCUUUUUACUGUAUGGAAUAUAUCCAUAUAGAUUUUUUAAGAGGUUGGGUAUUUCUGGACCCAGACCAUUACCAUUUAUUGGCACAUUCCUGGAAUACAGAAAAGGAGUGGUGCAAUUUGAUAUGCAAUGCUUCAAGAAAUAUGGAAAAAUAUGGGGGCUUUACGAUGGAAGACAGCCUGUACUUGCUAUUUUGGACCCUGCAAUAAUCAAAGUUAUUUUAGUUAAAGAGUGUUACACUAGCUUCACCAACAGACGGAACUUUGGCCUCAAUGGUCCUAUGGAGUCGGCACUCACUAUUGCUGAGGAUGAACAGUGGAAGAGGAUCCGUACAGUUCUCUCACCUACAUUCACUAGUGGGAGACUCAAAGAGAUGUUUCAGAUUAUGAAAGAUUACUCAGAUGCUUUGGUAAAAAAUAUUCAAGUUUAUGCAGACAAGGAUGAGCCGUGUAUCAUGAAGGAUGUUAUUGGGGCGUACAGCAUGGAUGUCGUAGCCAGCACUUCAUUCAGCGUCCAUAUUGAUUCCCUGAAUAAACCCAAUGAUCCUUUCGUAACACACAUCAAGAAGAUACUAAAACUGAGCUUAUUCAAUCCAUUGCUCAUCUUUGCUGUAAUUUUUCCAUUUCUUCUCCCCGUUCUUGAGAUGAUGAGUGUGCAAUUCAUCCCAAAAGACGUGCUACAGUUUUUCAUGAACGCAGUGGCUAGCUUUAAGAACAAGAGGAAGAAGGGAGACCAUUCGGGUCGUGUAGACCUACUGCAGCUCAUGCUGGAUUCUAGAACAACAGAUGAGUGCCUAAGUGGAGAACAGAAAGCUCUAACAGAUGCAGAAAUUAUGGCUCAGUCCAUUAUUUUUAUACUUGCUGGUUAUGAGACCACAAGUUUGUCGCUCUCCUACCUGUUUUAUAAUCUCGCCACUCACCCAGAUGUCCAGCAAAAGCUACAGGAGGAAAUUGAUUCAUUGCUACCUAAUAAGGCCACCCCAACCUAUGAUAUCCUGAUGCAGAUGGAGUACCUGGAUAUGGUGGUUCAGGAAAACCUUAGAAUGUUUCCACCAGCAGGGAGAAUAGAAAGAGUCUCAAAGCAAACUGUGGAGAUUAAUGGUGUCACCAUCCCAAAAGGCACAGUCACAAUGAUCCCAGCCUAUGUGCUGCACAUGGACCCUGAAAUAUGGCCAGAACCUGAAGAGUUUCGUCCAGAACGGUUCAGUAAAGAAAACAAAGCAAUUCAGAAUCCAUACACAUUCCUACCUUUUGGAGAUGGUCCUAGGAACUGCAUUGGGAUGAGGUUUGCUCUGCUUAGCAUGAAAGUAGCCAUCACUGUCUUGCUGCAGAACUUCAACUUUAGGCCUUGCAAAGACACUCUGAUCCCCAUGGAGUUUAACACACUAGGUUUCAUGCAGCCAAAGAAACCAAUAGUGCUGAAGAUUGCUUCCAGAACAUCAGUAAUGGAGUAAAACCAUAUAAUACAUACUGUAUUGUCCUUCCCAACACAAUCCUUCCUGAUCUGCUUGACACUAAACAAAAAACAAUUCUCCGGGAGCAAAAUACAAAAGAGAAAAAAUAUAUAUAUACUGUAUCACUCCUAGAACCUCAACCAGUGAAAAUACUCAUGAAUGUACUCACAGGAGGUAUGAGAAAUGUUUUCCUUGAAACUAUUCUACAUUUAAGUGACGAUCUUUUGGAAGAAAGAUCUUUUGGAAGAAAGC